GCCUGUCAGAGUUCCUGGAGGUCCAGGGUCUGUGAGGCAGGGUGGUGACAGAGAGGUAAGUUACAGAGCUGGUGGCACCUGACAUUUAGGAAGUCUUGCCCUCCUGGGAAGCAGCCAGCUCCCUAGGUGACCUUCUGGGCUCUGGGGGAUCAGGUGAGUGCUCGCAGGUCUGUUAAUUAAACAAUAACAGCCACCAGGCAGUGCUCCGUGGAAGGUGGGAAGCACCUACAGCUGGGAUUUGGGGAGGUGCCCAGAGCUCAGACCCACUCUAUAUUUCUCGAAAAGGAAGAAGCCUGCUGAGCUGCUCUGGGGGAGAAGUGGCUGAAACAGCAGAGGCAAGGAAGGCAGAGUGUUCUGGACUCAAGUCCCACAGGUGCCAUGUCGCAGCAGACCCAGGAGGGCUUCAACAGGAGCGUGGAGGACGCCCAAGCAUGGAUGAAGGCCAUUCAUGAGCGGCUGGAGAUCAACGACAACACCCAUGGGCCCCGCGCAGCCCUGGAGGCCAGGCUUCGGGAGACAGAGAAAAUCUGCCAGCUGGAGCCUGAGGGGCGUGUGAAGGUGGACCUGGUGCUGCGGACAGCAGAAGCACUCCUAGCAUUCUGCCAUGACGACCAGAAGCCCGAGAUCCUGGCUCGGCUGAGAGACAUCAAGGCACAGUGGGAGGAGACAGUCACUUAUAUGACUCACUGCCACAGCCGCAUCGAGUGGGUAUGGCUGCAUUGGAGCGAGUACCUGCUGGCCCGAGAUGAGUUCUACCGCUGGUUCCAAAAGAUGAUGAUCACACUGGAGCCCCAGGUGGAGCUGCAGCUGGGCCUGAAGGAGAAGCAGUGGCAGCUGAGCCAUGCCCAGGUCCUACUGCACAAUGUGGAUAAUCAGGCUGUGCUCCUGGACCGACUGCUGGAGGAGGCAGCCUCCUUGUUCAACAGGAUCGGGGACCCCAGCGUGGAUGAAGACGCCCAGAAGAGAAUGAAGGCUGAGUAUGAUGCAGUGAAAGCCAGAGCCCAGGACCGGGUGGACCUGCUAGUCCGGGUGGCCUGGGAGCACGAGCAAUACCAGGCAAGUGUGGACGAGUUCCAGCUGUGGCUAAAGGCAGUGGUGGAGAAGGUGCACAGCUGCCUGGGGCGGAAGUGCAAGCUUACCACGACACUCCGCCUCUCUGCGCUGCAGGACAUCGCCAAAGAUUUCCCCAGGGGUGAGGAGUCUCUGGGGAGACUGGAGGAGCAGGCCAUGGGUGUCAUUCAGAACACCUCUCCUCUGGGUUCAGAGAAGAUCGUUGCAGAACUGGAAGAGAUGCGGAAGGUUCUGGAGAAGCUACAGGUCCUCUGGGAGGAGGAGAAGGGGCGGCUGCAGGGCCUGCUGCAGUCCAAGGGGGCCCGUGAGCAGCAGAUCCAGAGGCUGGAGGCCGAGCUCAGAGAGUUCAGGAAGGGCCUUCAGAAGCUGGCCCAGGAGGGCCUGGAGCCCAUGGCAAAGCCGGCAACCGAGGAUGAGCUGGUGGCCCAAUGGAGGCUCUACUCGGUGACGAGGACUGUGCUGGCCGCAGAGGAGCCCCGUGUGGACCGGCUACGGGCCCAGCUGAAGGAGCUUGUCGCUUUCCCUGACUUCCAGCCACUCUCUGACAGUGUGGUUGCUGCCAUCCAGGAUUAUCAGAGCAUGAAGGGGAAGAGCACCAGGCUCCGCAAUGCCACCAGGGUGGAGCUGUGGCAGCGUUUCCAGAGGCCCAUACAUGGCCUGCAGCUGUGGAGGGCCCUGGCCCAGCGGCUCCUGGAUGUCACCUCCAGCCUGCCAGACCUGCCCUCCAUUCACACCUUCCUGCCCCAGAUUGAGGCGGCCCUGGUGGAAAGCUCCCGACUGAACGAGCAGCUGGCAGGGCUGCCACUGAAGACAGAGCUGCUGAGCAGUGUCUUUGGCCAGGAGAGAGCCCAGGCACUCCUGGAGCAGACAGCAGGGGCCAUGAGGGAUAGAGACCUGCUGCAUAGCAGCCUUCUGCAGAGGAAGAGCAAACUGCAGAGCUCACUCAGUCAGCACAAAGACUUUGGGGCUGCUUUUAAACCCCUGCAGAAGAAGCUCUUAGAUCUCGAAAUCAGGAUCCAAACUGAGAAAGGACUCCAGCGAGACCUUCCUGAAAAACAGGCCCAACUCUUGAAGUUACAGGUGCUACAGGAAGAGGGGCUGGAACUGGGAGCCCAAAUAGAGGCCAUGAGGCCCCUCAUCCAGGAGAACUCCAACCACCAGCACAAAGUGGACCAACUUGCCUCUGACCUCCAGGCCCUGCAGAAGUUCCUGGAGGACCUCAUGGACAGGUGUCAGCAGAGUGUGCAGGAGCACUGCACCUUUUGCUACCGGCUGCUGGAGCUGCAGCAGUGGGUCGCUGUGGUCACACAGACUCUGGAGUCACACCAGGCAGAUGCAGGCCUGUGGGAUGCCAAGUCCCAAGAAGCUGAGGUUGAGAGGCUGCUGGCUGAGCUCCCAGAGAAAGAGGCCCAGCUACCCCUGAUUGAGGCUCUGGGCCAGCUGGUGAUGGAGAAGUCUUCCACAGAGGGAGCUGCUAUGGUCCAGGAAGAGCUGAAGGAGCUGGCAGAAUCCUGGCGGGGCCUGAGGCUGCUGGAGGAGAACCUGCUGAGCCUCAUCAGAAACUGGCAGCUGCAGACCACUGAAGUAGAUUCAGACAAGAAGCUGGUUUUCACCAACAACAUCCCCAAAUCUGGGUUUCUCAUCAACCCCAUGGAUCCCAUUCCGAGGCAGCGGCGUGGGGCAAACCUGCUGGAGGAAGAAGAGGGCAGCCGUGAAGAUGUCUCCCGGCUCCUGAGGAACUUUGAACAGUGGUUGCAGGAGGAAAAUUCCAAGCUGGUUAGAAUCAUUGCCAUGAGAACUACCACAGCCAAGGACUUGAGAACCAGAGAGAGAAAGCUGCAGGAGCUGGAGGCUCGAGUCCCAGAAGGUCAGCACUUCUUUGAGAACCUCCUUCGCCUCAGGCCAGUGAGGGGCUCUUCGGAUGACCUGGAAGAUCUACGCUACCGCUGGAUGCUGUACAAGUCAAAACUCAAGGACUCUGGUCGCCUGCUGACACAGAGUUCUCCAGGGGCACUGACUGGAUUCCAGAAGACCCGGUGGCGCUGGGGACUCCACUCGCUCCUGCGGAAGGCAUGUCGCAUGGCACUCCCGUUGCAGCUGCUGCUCCUGCUCUUCCUGCUCCUGCUCUUCCUACUCCCUGCCGGGGUUGAGGAGCGCAGCUGCUCCAUGGCCAACAACCUUGCCCACUCCUUCACACUCAUGCUCCGCUACAACGGCCCUCCGCCCACCUAGCCCACUGGGGCACACAGGUGACAUUCCUCCUGCAGCCUCCAGCCGAGCCAGGGCUCCUCUGAGACUGCAGGCUGGGGAAACUGGAAACACUUGGCCAGGGAUGGAAGAGACCUACGGUAUAGAUGCUGCGUCAGCUCCCAGAACAGAUUUACUUUUUAUACACCAGUAUCUUUGUCUAUUUAUACUAAAUGUGUACUAUGUGUAACUAGGGAAUCAUGUACAGAUUUUUAUAUGUAACUGCUCACAUGUAUAAUUUCAUAUAUGAUGCCUGUCUUUCGUUAGGGGUUUCCCAGCUGUGUGUUUCUCCAGUGCAACUGUAUGGCACUUGUGUCUGCAGUCAGCUCUGGAAGGCAGGAAUAAUGACAUAUCACUUUUUUUGUCACUCUCUUACCCAGAAGCCAACCUUGACCCCAGAUAUUAAUGAAAAGACCUCUGAACUGUCAACAGAGUAGAGCAGAUCGGGGCUGGGUACUGAGGCUCAAGUCUGUAAUUCCAGCUACUCGAGAGGUAAAGAUUGGGAGAAUCUAGGUUUAAGGCCAGCACAGGCAAAAAGUUUCCAAGACCCCAAC